GCUCGCAAGUGCUGUAUGGCCAAACGCAUCUGACAUGGACUUUUCGGUUUUUGUCGCGAACACAUUGGUAGUCGAUAAAUCAAUAUGGCAUGUAUGGCUGAUGGGAUUGUCUGUGGAACAAGCGACGGUGUAUGUGCAAAAGAAGCACCCCAACUUGUCUUCAAACAUUCCAGCCCUUCGAUCUUUUAUCACAUCGCAGUACCGCAAUUUUGAGCUUCUAGAACACUAUCUACACCGGCCGAAGACACUCCACACCCAGCUCCUCUUCCCCAUGCCCUCCGAAACCAAAAGCUACCUCAUUGAAACCUAUUACAGCUUUGAUGAGCGCGUUGUGCGUGAGUUUCUCGGCAAAAAGUUUUCAUCGCGUGUUAGAAAAGACUUGGAGGAUGUAUGCGAGAAGACGCGGGUGCCUUUGGGUGGAUGUCGACGCAUGUUUGAUAAUUUUAAGAGGAUCGUAAAGACUGUCGAGGAUGCAGACAGCAACAUGGUGUUAUUAAUCCAAAAGGAGUUUCUAUUGCCGAGAGUGUUGGCAAAUCAAUACGCACAUAUAAUAUUCAUAAAUAACUACCGUCUGGACACAUUCAAACGAAGAUUAGCUCACAUCCGGUUUUCGGAUUUCGAUUACGUCGCAUCCAUAUUCAUGCAAUACUUCUCAAGUCCCAAUAUCUCCCCAUUGGAUGAACUCGACGGAGCGCUUGCCCAAGACGCUAGGGACCUGAGAACCAUUAUUUUCAAUCAGAAAGGAGUUCUCGAGGAAUAUCGCGCACUUGUAACCACCCAUCUCGCCAGCCUAGGACAUUCCUCCAUCAUGGAGAAGGGCAGUCAAAUAGCCUUUAAAGUUAUUCUGCGCAAUGUUUUCACAAUAGGAUCAAGUUUGGCCCAUAGCAAGGAGCUGCGCGAUAUAUUCAUUGCCUUACAAGAGAAAGUCGUGGAGCCAGGCAUCGGCAUGGGCUGGGCAUCGUCAGAUCUGGAACUGUUCUUGUCCUCAUGCAAGCUGCAGUUUACGGCUCUUCAGAGUCUAAAUCCGCAGAUCCGGGAACGAUAUGCAAAUUCGUGUUCUCGAUUGUUAGACGGCAUCAAAUUUGCUGGGUUACGCUUUUACGAAGCAAUCAAUUCCGGGACAUCUCAAACAUAGUCGGCUACUACUCUUCUAAACGAACAGCGGCAUGCUGUCAUUUGAAGGGACGAUGUAGCAUUUGUACAUAGAUUUCAAUCAUAUUUUCCUGUAUAAAUCAUACUACUUUGUAAUCCUCAGUUAGAAGUACGGUGUCUUGCGAAAACGAUAUCGGAGCGCCAUUGACGCUCGUGACAUCUCGGAUCUGAUGUUUCAGGAGAUUUGAGUUAGCUGUCGAAAUAAUACAUCUGCAACAAUUUUAG